UGUAUAUAAAAGGAUCUGCAGAUCUUCUAGGCUGGUAAUUCUGGAUGAUCUCAGAACUGGCCAUGUAUUUCUCGGAGGAUAUCACUCUCUUCCUUGCACCAGGGGUCACCGGACUUCUCUGUUUCGUGAGCUUAAGUCUGCUUAGGAGAAGAGGAAAACUUCCACCAGGUCCGACCCCCCUGCCUCUACUGGGGAACAUUCUACAGCUAGGUGGGGGAGACAUUGUGACUCUUCUGGGAAAAAUGAGAGAAAAAUACGGGGACGUGUUUACCAUCUAUCUGGGGUCUCGUCCAGUUGUGGUGGUUAAUGGAUACGAUGCAGUCAAAGAAGUCUAUGUGGAUAGAGCUGAUGAUUUCUUAGGCAGAGGAGAUACAGCAACAUUUGACACAACCUGCAAAAACCAUGGAGUGGCCUUUACGAGUGACAUAGACAGGUGGAGAGAGCUUCGUCGAUUUUCUCUGUCAGCAAUGCGAGAUUUUGGCAUGGGAAAGAAGAGUAUAGAAAGCUGUAUUAUAGAGGAGUCUCAAUGUUUGGUGACCAAAUUAAAACAGACCAAAGGAUCAUUUCUUGAUCCUAAACAAUUCUUCAACAAAGUUGCUUGCAAUGUAAUCUUUUCCAUCGUGUUUGGGCAUCGCCAUGAUUAUGAGGAUACUGAUCUUCUUGAUGUCGUAAAAACCAUAGGUGAAACUUUCUACAUCAUCAGUUCACGCUGGGGGCAGGUGUUUGAAAUGUUCCCCAGAAUCAUGACGUUCAUCCCAGGAAAGCACCAACAAUUUUUAUCCAACAUGCAGAAGCUCCUGCAGUAUGUCAGGAAGAGAGUGGAGAAGAACAAAGAGACUCUGGAUCCGGAUAACCCCAGAGAUUAUGUGGAUGCAUUUCUAAUUAAAAUGGAGAAGGACAAGAAUAACCCCAACUCUGUAUAUAACAUGGAAGACCUGGUGAACAGCACUCUGCAUAUCUUCUUUGCUGGCGUAGAGACCACAGGCUCAACACUAACCUAUGCUCUUCUUAUUUUUAUGAAAAACCCAGAUGUCCUCGGCAAAGUUUGCGAAGAGAUUGAUCGCUUCAUUGGUCAAGACCGGAGCCCCAGAAUGGAAGACAGAAAUCAGAUGCCAUUUACAGAUGCUGUGAUCCAUGAAAUACAAAGAUUCAUUGACCUAAUUCCAAUGGGUGUGCCUCGGAAAACUACAAGGGAUGUUGAGUUUAGAGGGUACCAUCUACCCAAGCACACCAACAUUUAUCCGAUGAUUACCACAGUGUUAAAAGACCCCGCCUGUUUUCCGUAUUCUAAUGAAUUCAACCCCAAGAAUUUUCUUGACGAAAAUGGAGAAUUUAGAAAGAACGAUGGCUUUAUGCCUCUUGCUGCAGGAAAGAGGAACUGUAUGGGAAAAGCUCUGGCCCGAAUGGAAAUUUUCAUUCUAAUAGUUACAAUCCUGCAGAACUUUGUAUUGAAGCCUGAACUUUCUAUGAGGGAUCUGGAUCUCCGUCCAGGUGUAUCUGGAUUUGGGAAUCUACCAAAGUCGUAUAGGUUGGCUUUCAUUCCUAACAAUUAACUUUGUCUAUCACGUGCUGAACAUGAAGAAGUCUAUCCAUCUGAGACAUAAACAUCCAAAGCAGAUGGAAUAAAAUAAAUGUACUUUUUCCUCAGUGCUCUAGCUGCGCUUCUAAAAAUGUACUUUUUUUAAUUCUGUAUAUGUAACAGUGUAGUUGUAUAUUGGGAGGCAAGUGGUGGGGGAACACAUGCACUCUUUAACCCAUUCCUGCACAGACGCAGGAUGGUCCCCUUCCAGGGCAGUUUAGACAUAGAAUUUUCCUCAUCUUAGAUUUUUGCAAGUUCUCUCAGCUGAAGACAAGCACAUCCUGGAACACUGUACUUCUUACUGCAAUACGCAAACAAGAGAAAUAUGCAUUUCUGCCACUAGGGGGGGUUGCAAGAGAAAGGCUCCAGUUUAGUUUGCUUGUGGGCUCCAUCUUUUAUCUUCUACAUUUGGGUGGUUGUUGGGAUACAGUAGAUGGUAGCUUCUGUCCUCUUGGGCUUUAACUGACAGGUAAGAAAGUGCAUUAGUCUGACAAAUUAGUUUAUCUUAUAUAACGUUUAAAUGAUUCCUAUUAAUGUUCUCCACCAUCAUAACAUAAUGUUCACCUAUAGUCUGUUCAGUAAAUAUUUUUUUCCUCCUCAGUAAGAUGGUGAGACCAACAUCUAGAGUUUGGAAACAUUUACAAAGUGCAAUUUCUGCCGAGAGCAAAGCUGUAAUUUGCAAAUAUUGUGAGAAUAAAUAUUACUUUCCAAAUGCUACAAAGAGGACAAAACACAUUCUUGCAUGCCAGAGGUGCCCUAAAGACAAUAACAAAUACUUUACAGAAUGAAAUGAUGAAGCCCAUAAUAAAAGUGCAAAUAGCUUUUCCCUCCAAAGUUCUCCAUCCAAAAACACUCUUUCUGCUGCUUCUGGAUCAUCACAAAUGCGUUUAAUCACCAGCAGCAUCUUUAGGUAAGGAAGUUCUACAAACCACAGAUUCCCAAAAAUACACAAUACCUUCAUUUAUCAAUAAAAUGACACCUGAAAAUCAGGAGAACAUUGAUCCAGCUCUUGGAAGAACAAUAUAUAUAUAAUAUAUAUAUAAUAUGCGUGUUAAUAUAUACAUAAUAUGCUUCAGAAUAAGCAUGGUCAAUAACUGAAAAUGCAUAUUGUCAGGAAGCUUUUACAUUAUCAUGAGCUAAACCCCGUUACUCGCAAUCUGAGGUUUACCUGUACUUUUCAGCAGGAGGAUAGGUAAAUAUAACACUUCUUACUACAUUGUUAAAAAUACAUUUUCAUUAUAAAGUAAAAAACUUCUUGUCUUUACA